AUGGCUGAGGAUGAGAAAGGAACAUCGAGCUGGUACAAGGUGCCGACUUGGAAUGGGAACCCUCAAGAGUGGAGGAGUUUCAAACGUGAGAUGGGCUGGUGGAUUGCAAGUUUAGAUCCUGAAGCAUGCCGAAAGUUCAACGUGGCUGCAAGGUGGACUCUACGUCAGGUUGGAGUUGUUCGAGCCAGAUGUGAAGAAUUUGAUCCUGACGACCUUGCAGGAGCCGCCGAAGUUGUUUCCACCGACCCUCAGACUGGUGAGAAACGAGUCCUUAAGGAAGCCGAUCCGUUUGCUGGAAUCAAAAAGCUGCUCAAGGCUUUGGAAGCGAGCCGUGAUGGUUACGAUGAUGUAGGAGCUGAAGCCUUGCGUUUAUUUAGGGAUAUCCACACUUCUGAUCCCUUGAACAAGAAGCAGUUUGAUAGACCCCCUUUGUUGCAGCGCUUUUUGUCCCAGUCCCAAGCUUCCUCAUCUUCCUCUACCCGGCAGUCUGCAGCUCCUUCAAGCCAUAGCUCUGGUCGCACCGUGAGGUCUGCAGUUUCCUCAUGGAAUUCUCAGAGACAGAAUCAUCAGAGGCGUCCUUUUGGUGGUCUACCCCGGCAAGCCUUAGUUGCUGAGGGACAAUGUGAUGAUGAUGAAGAAGCCGCUGAUGAUGAUGAGCUGAUUCCGGAUGGAGAAGAUGCCGAAGUUUCUGGUUCUUUAGCUGAGGUGCUUCAAGCCGAAGCAGAAGCGCUUGCUGUGGACAUCCAAGAGCUUGAGGAAGAUGGUUCGCUGGAUCCUCAACUUUUGGAGGAAAUAGAAGCUGGUGUUGAACAAGCUGCUGAAAGCCUUCUGACGAUGAGGGAGGCAAAGACAAAGAUCAACGAGAUAAAGCGUGACCGUGGCUUUGGAAAGUCUGGUGGAAAAGGAAAGCCCACUGGCAACCAGAUCACCGCAAAGAAAGGCAAGACAGUUUGUUGGGAUUGCGGAGAAACGGGACAUUGGGCAGGUGACCAACAAUGUUUGAAACCUGGGCAAGGGCUUGCGAAACCGAAGGCCUCUGCAAAGAAGCCGCCUGCCAAGCAUGUGAAAGUUGUGGAGUCCCUGAACACAGAACAUGUUGAAGCUGGUCCGGGAGAAGCACAUGAAAUUUUAGUUUGCCAACAAGACCUCAGGAAGAAAUCCUUGGAGGCUGCCUUGCAUCAUGAAGUUGCAGCGGCAAUCGUGCCCUCGCUGGCGAAUGACAAAAUGAUGGUUGGUGCUUUGGAUUCAGCUUGCAACAGAACGUGUUCAGGAAAUGUUUGGUUGCAGCACUAUUCAGCAGCUUUGAAACAUGCUCCAAAAUGUCUUCGUGAUCUUCAUGCGACUGUGCAGGAAGACGAGCUCUUCCGCUUUGGAAAUGGUGGAACCCAAAGGAGCCAGGUUCGUCACAGGCUUCCAAUGGUGGUUGGUGACUAUUUGGUUUUGACAUGGGUUUCAGUUGUUGAAGUUCCAAGUUUAGGGUUGCUUUUGGGAAGAGACUUUUUGGAUAGCAUUGGGGCGGUGAUCAGUUUUUCGAAGCGUCAAAUGCGAGCCGACCAUUUGGAUGGCAAGAUCAUCAACCUGAAACAGCUUACUGCAGGACAUUUUGCACCGCAGCUCAUUCCUCAAGAGUGGCCGCAGCCUCUGCAGAAACGUUGGAGAAGGUGGCGAAGAUUCGUGCUGCGAGCGCGAUGCCGCGCAGAAUGGCAUCUGCGUGGGCUGCUUUUGUCGCUAUUGCAGUUGCCGCAAAUUCGAUUUGCCCCACUUCCAUAUCCACGUGUGAGCGAUGCCCUUGGAUGGGAAAAUCAGGUGGAAGAGAUGAUGGCCAACAAAUCACUGGCAAGGAAGCAUGGUGUCAAAGCCAUGAGGGGCAAGGUGCUGAGCAGUGCAAAUUUGCAACACUGCGUCAGUCUUCGGAAUCGCAUGGGCCUGGAGCUUGCUUUCCUGGAAGAUCCUCUUCUACAAGGCAUCUUGGCCGCCAAAACCACAAAGGGCAUGGCAGCUCGAAUCCGAGCUCAAGCUUUGGAGGAUUUGAAACAAGAGGCCAAGAAGAACAAAGCCGAAGGCAAACAACAAGAAGCUGUUCGCCAGCUGAUCGGGCCGCGUGGUGGACUUCCAGUGCUGAAAGCAGAUUUGGUGAAGCUGGCUUGCCUGGUCAACGUCGAAGUAGGCCAGGACGACACAGUGGAGAAGUUGCGAGCCAAGGUGAAGCCAUUGGUCGACGCCAUUGCUCUGAAGCCAGCACCAAAGUCAGCUCCAGCAAAGGCAAAAGCCUUGCCAAGCAGUGCACCUGCAGACCAUUCCGCCGAAGUCCUCACCGUCGGGACCCUCGAGCAGUCAGGCGAACAAGCCGAUGCUCCGAUGGUACCACAGAUGCCCACGGAGGAGGAACUUUGGGAGAUCAACGGCCUCCAUCAGAGGGAGUUGGAGGAGGAAAAUUUCAUCGCCAUUCAUGGAAGCCUGCCAGGGGACGAUUUGGAUUUGGUGAGACCCAACAUGAACGCUGCUGGUGAUGGACUUUCCCCUUGGACUUUGAAUGGGGACCAGCUGAAGGCAGGUCAAGCGCAGUUGGUUGCGCAAGCUUGGACAAGACAUGAAAGGGAACGCAAACUUGUUUCCCAAUCUGCCUCUGAAAUCAAUGAAGUUUUCCAUGAUGAGUGGGAGCGUGAGAUGCAGAAGAACCUCAAUGAAACGUUUGCCAUGAGUUUGACUUUGGAACCUGCUGCAACAGAUGAUGCGCCUCUUUUGACCGAAGUCUUCACAACCGUGCAGCAGGUGAUCAAACAAGCUCAACGACGUGGACAUCUCACCGGCACACCCAUGAGUUUGGAAACGGGAUGGAAUUUUCUCAAUGUUUUGGAUCGAAAAGCUGCUUUGAAACAGAUUGAGAAAGAGAAGCCUUUUUUGGUUGUCCUCGCCUUUCCUUGUGGCCCCUGGAGUGCCUUGAUGCGUCUCAACCCUAGCAAGAACUUGGAGCAUCUUGGAGAGAUCGACAGCCACACAGCAAUUUUUGAUCAAUGUCGUUUUGGUUUACGAGGGCAAUCUGGACUUUUGCACCGAAAGACCACCCGCAUUGAAACAAGCUCUCCAUGUGUUGCCAAGCGUUUGGAUGGAAAACGUUGCCUCAAAGACCACGACCAUGAGAUGAUCAUUGGUGGCAAGCACAUCACUGGACCUGCCGGUCACUAUCCAGCGCAAUUGGCCAAAGAGAUUGUGCUGGGCAUUGAGGAAGAGUUUGAUGUUUUGAGGCGAAGCAAUGAUGUUUUGGCAGUUGAUGAUGUUGAUGAAAAUGGAGAAGAACCUGAACUUCUUCCAGAUGCAGUGAAUGUUUCCGAUAGUUCAGAUGAUGAACAGGUCACUGCAGCUGGGGUUCCAAAAGUUUCUGCAGCUGUCAGGCAAGCGGUGAGCCGUCUUCACACCAAUACGGGGCACAGAUCCAACCGCCGUCUAGCAAGGGCGCUGGUGAUUGCUGGUGCUCCAGCAGAAGUUGUACAGGCCGCCAAAACCUUGAAGUGUUCCAUAUGUGCUGAGCGUAAGAAACCCAAAGCUCAGCGUCCUGCGAGUUUGCCGGCACCCAAAGAUGUUGGAGACCAAGUGCAUGUGGAUUUGUUUGAACUGUUUGAUAUUCAUGACAAUCGGUUCUAUGUGGCUCACGCCAUUGACUUCGUGAGUCGUUUCCAGAUGGCCCAGGUCUUGCCGGACAAAUCCAGUGACUCAGUAGUGGAAUUUCUCUCUACGCGUUGGCUGCCAAUUUUUGGGCCUCCAAGGGUAAUGAUUGCAGAUCAAGGCAAAGAGUUCACGUCAUGGACUUUCGAAGAACUCUGUGCCCGACAUGGAAUUUUGCUUUGGCAUUGCGCUGUUCAAGCCCCAUGGCAGAAUGGUGUUUGUGAACGUGUGGUGGAGGUGGACAAAUCCGUGCAAGAAGCGGUGAUGGCCUACAACAGCGAUGUUUCUGGCGAUAGCGGUGUGAGUCCCGCGCAAGCUGCAAUUGGCAAACAGCCCCGCUAUGAGGGCGACGUCUUGGGCAAUUUUGCCCAUAGGGUUGUGAGCCACGGCAUUUUGGAAGAGCGACCUGGACUGGCGCGCCAAGUCGCUAUGCGAGAAACUGCAAAGCUGGCGAUGGUUCGUUUACACUUUUCCAAAGGCAUUCAACGUGCCGAAGUUGCCCGAAGCAGAGGGCCUACUUUUGAGCAAGAGCUGACCCCUGGGAUGAUUGUUUAUUACUUCCGCCACACCAAGUACAACAACAAGACCAGUCAAUCCAAACGAAAACUCAGUCUGAAAAGAUGGCAUGGACCUGGCUUGCUUGUUGCUAUGGAAGGAGAUCUGAAUGGUUUCAUCAGUCAUCGAGGUCAACUCACCAAGGUGGCCCGUGAACAUAUACGCCCAGCCUCAACAAUGGAGCAGAUAGCAUCUGAAGUUUGGGGCGAUGCUGUGAAGGAAGUGGUUGAAGCUGCAAUUCAUGACAUGACCUUGCGUGGUAUGGAUGAUAAAAUUGCAGAUGGUGCGCGAACUCCUGGAGGAAGACCUCAAGCUGAAGCGCCAAGCACACCUGCUUCAGCGCCGAUCCAACCUGCUGUUUUGGAACCUGCGGUUGUUGCUCAGCCGCUGACUCCUCAGGAGAUAGCCAAUGCCUUGCAGCCUGCCAGCCAAAGUCAAGCUGACUUGUCACGUAGGACUAGUUUGCUGAGCAUGCCAGUUCAGCGUGGAACACCUGCGCCUGGCACCCCCAUUGGUGAUUUGGUGCGUGGUGGUUCUAUGUCUUCAAGGAUGGCUGAAGCCGUUGGAAGACUUGCAGAAGCUGACCCAGAGGAUGUUGGACCCGAAGCUUCCCGAAAGAGACCUCCAGACGUUCAGGUUGAAGAGUUACAGGCCAAUCAACCUGCAUUUGAAACAAGGGUUAGAGCUGGCCCUGUUGCACCUGAAGCGGCGGCGCCCUAUGCGAAUGCACGAUUGGUCGUUCCGGGCUUCCGGGACAUCACAGCGUAUCUGGUUCGAAGAGAUGCUCCAACUGGCAGUAGGACCUCCCAGCAUUUUCUUCUCAUGUACACGGCCAGCAAGCGUUGGUUGCUUUACAGUGCAGCUGUCAAGAGUGCUUUCUUGAAAGGUGAAAAUUUUGGUCCUGACGAACGAGAGCUGUAUGUGAGCCAGAUUCGAGUAUCCUCUCCUGAUGAGUGGUACUUGCGAUUGAACAAGUCCGUGACCAAGUUGGGAUGGGUGAGAUCAGAGCUGGAUGCAGCACUUUGGUUUGAUCAAGGUUUUUCGUUGUCAACACUCCAGUCUGAAAAGCCUGUUGUUGCUACGAUGUUGAAAGCAAACAGUUUGGUUAAGAAGGUAAAAGCAAGUUCUAAGUUUUCCCUGAACUUCAAGCCCAUGGACCUGGACAAGUGUGGCCUGGUCACAGUUUCUGAUGCGGCAUUGGGCAACGUUUCUCCAGAUGGCAGCAUUGGGGAAGAUGCUCUUUCUCGGGUGCAUAGCCAAGCGGCUUACGCCAUCUUGAUUGCGGAUGAGAACGUGCUGGCGGGCAAAGAGGGCAACUUUUGCUUGAUUGACUCGCGGAGUCAUAGGCUGGCAAGGGUGUGUCGCUCUACGUUUGCAGCAGAGCUCAUGUCGGCGGAGGAAGCGUUGGACUCAGGGGAAUUUUGUAGAGGUAUGUUUGCUGAGACGCGUGGCUACAGCGUCGACAGGCGCAAUGUGGAGGCCAGCAACAAUGUGAUCCCAAUGAUCCUGGUUGUGGACGCAAAGGAUGUGUACGACAAAAGCACGAGUGACACGCCAAGCUAUGGAAGCCAGAAGAGCCUUGCGUUUACGAUUUCCUGGAUUAGAUCUCAGCUGCGCCGACCCAAUGUGGAAAUCAAAUGGACGGCAACCCAGAACAUGCUCAUUGACUGCGGCACGAAGGAAAUGGAUGGUGAAUAUCUGGGAAAUGUCUUAGAGACCGGUAGAUGGUGUUUCAAGUACAGCCAGAAUUAUACACGGCAGGGAGCGAAACCUUUGAAGUCUGUAAAGAAUGCAUGCGCUCCUGUGCCAUCAAGCUUAAUCGGUCAACCGCUGGAAAGCGAUGACCCAAUGUUUGGACAUUUGCUCAUUUUGAGCGAGCAGCCAGGAUGGCACACAUUUGAUGAUUUUGGUGUGCACGUCGCCAAAGAUGCAAAGUCUUAUAGAUCCCCAAAGCCUCGUUUUGACCCUGUACAGUUUCCUAGGAGAUCUUCGUACGGACGAUUCACUGAUGGAGAAGGUCGAGCCUUUUGGAGGAAGUUGGAAGACCGAGUAGAACUAGCCAGUUUGAAGAGUUUCCAGGCUUUGCUAGGCGCCAUGAAGCUUUUCUCCAUUGUGUCCCUCUUGGGCAGCGUGGCGGCUACGCCAAUGCCGCACGAGCUGCUGCUGCAGGUGCAGGAGCUCCAAGCCGAGCUUUCGACCCAGCGGCAGGUGAUUCAGGAGCUGCAGGAAGAGCGCAGGUUGCAGGCUGCGGAGAGUGAAACUCGGCAGAUGCAGGAUGCUUUCGAA